AUGUCUAACCCAGAUGAUUUAGAUGACGGACUUGCCUAUGAUUUUGAUUCCGAACAUGAAGGAGUCGUCGACGCUGAUGAUAAUGUUAACAGUUCCUUGAGCCCAGGGUUAAAAAAGAGACCCAUGGAAGAUGAUGAUAAUGAUGCAGAUGAAAAAAGAGAAGAGAGAAGUUUAGAAGACGAAUCUGGAAGACCAAUAUCCAAAAGGCAGAAGAAGCUACAGAAAAAAUCAAAGCUCAUUGAGAAAAAGAAAGAGGAAAGUCGGUACACUGUGUCGCAACGAAAAUCGAUUCCUACAAGUUCCCCCGAAAAGGUUAUGGAAUAUCUAACAACUUUGAUACGUGAAAAAAAUCCUGAUUUGAGUGCUCUAGAAUUAGAGGAAUUAUACUUUAAAAAAAAAGAUUUCCUUUCGACGGAACAGUUUGACGCUGAACGUAAAUUAAUCAAUUUUCCAGCGUUUAUGCAAAAGUUCUCUGUAGCACCGAAAAAGAUAGUACUUUCUAUGUCUAAUAUCAGAGUAGCCGAUGUUUAUCGUAGUUUAAACGGCGGCAGGAAUUGUGUUAAAUUGUUCUCUAAAAACAAAUUGAAGGAUGACAUAGCCACUGUGGAACGUUUACUUGAUGAUGGUUCAAAAAAAUCCAAAAAUAAAACGGAUUCCUUUUAUUUCGUUGCCACGCCAACAAGAAUGCAAAAAAUCAUAGAGACGACCGAUUUAUUAUUUCAGGGUAAAGAAAAGUUGGACAUCCUUCUUGACGCAAGCUACUUAGACGCUAAGGAUAACACUAUAUUAUCAUUUGAAAAUUCAGACGUUCUCUGUCAAGUUUUGAAGAUUUUCUUAAAUAAAAAAAGCUCCGUGAAAAUAUUACUAUACUAA